GGACCCGCCUGAAGAAUGGGAACAAGUCAGGACCCGCCUGAAGAAUGGGAAGCAAGUCAGGACCCGCCUGAAGAAUGGGAAGCAAGUCAGGACCCGCCUGAAGAAUGGGAAGCAAGUCAGGACCCGCCUGAAGAAUGGGAAGAAGUCAGGACCCGCCUGAAGAAUGGGAUGAUCAGGACUCCGCCUGGAGAAUAGGGCCACCUUUCAAUUUCAAGUUCAGGAACCCGCCUGGAUAAUAGGGACAUCUUUCAAUUUCAAGUUCAGAAGCCCACCUGAAGAAUAGGGUGUACUUUCAGUUAGAAGUAGCAGGAGCCCGCCUGAAUAAUAGGGUCAACAUUCAACUGCUUUUCAAUUUCAAGCUCAGGAGCCCGCCUAAAAAAUGGGGUGUACUUUGAGUUGGUUUUUUAAGUUCAGUCAGAAGUAGCAGGAGCCCCGCCUGGAGAAUAGGGAUGACUUUAAAUUUUAAAGUUUAGAAACAAGCACGAAGAUUCAAGUCAAGAUUCAAGAGAAGCUGCAUAGAUAGGGUCUUGUACUUGUAUUUUCUUUGUAACUUUUAUUUUUCAUUUUGAUGUAAUAACAGGAGCCGCGGACCGGAACCUCGAUAGGACCUCAAUCGACUCCCCCAACUCAGUAUGUUCAUCACCCAUCUUACCUCUUGAACUACACGAGACCUGAUUCCCUUAUAACCCGGGAUAUGUAGGACGCCCAAGGCCAGGGCUCGGUCACAUUUUGUUCCAUUCCUCUCCCUUCCUUCAAAUAAUGGUCGGGUCCAAAUUUGUCUCGUUGUCUACGUCUUUGUCUGAGAACGCUUCGCGUCCCCAACCAAAGAGGGACAUGCUGUAGACACGUAAUUUUGACCCUCCCCGUGUGUUUCAUCUUAUAGUUUUAAAUACUUCUUUUAAUUUUAAUUUUGACGUGUUAGUUUUAUUCUAUUUCAUUUUUAGUAGGUUUGUUUGUGAAAAUGAAAACAAAGGGACAAAAAAUAUUCGCUAUUUUCAGAGUAUAAAUUUUGUGUUUUAAAGAAAGAAAAAAUUACAAAAAUAUGCUUUAUAGCUUUUAAUUUUGCUUAGCCAGUUAUUAAUUUUAAGAGUAUUUUUUUUUAGUUAUCUAGAAACAGUUAUUAAAUAUUUUUUUUGUUUUUUUACACUUUUAAAAUAAAAUAUAAAAAAUGGACAAAUGGGAUUACACCACCUCAUCACAUAAUGACAAAGCUCCAUAACAAAUCUUAUCACAAAAAUGGGAAAAAGGGGGUCACGUUUUUUGUGGAAACAUUUUUCAUAAAAAGGGGAUAACAAAAAGGGGUCCCACUCAUUUAGGGUCUGUUUUUGUGCACAAAGGAACACGUGAAUUGGGGGAUUAUUGUUAGGGGUGGGGACCACGAAGAGAGAGAAGUUUCCUCCUUCUUCAAUUUUCUAAGACUUGAAAAUCUCAGCAGUAGCCGUGAUUCUUGCGGUUCAAAAAGAGGACCACCAUUUUCUUUCUCCAUCCUAAAACCUGCACAUAACCCAUACACAUAUAGAAUAGUAGAGAGAAAAAAAAAAUCAUCAUCAUCUUUAUCACAAUACACAUGCAGACAUAGAGAAAAAAACACUAUAGAUAAGAUAGAAAAUAGACGCAAGAAAAACAUAUACACAGUAGAUAGAGAGACUGGAAAACGGACAGAUCCCGACCAAAAACAAUAUCAUUUUCUUCAUUUGUUUUUCUUCACUAGCUCACCAUUAAACUACCACAAACCACCACCCAUUCACCACCGUCACCUCCACCUUUCAUCUCAUCUUCUCCACCGUAAACACCCGCCUGAAACCGCCAAUAAACCACAGUCUAAACACUACCCUUAGCACACUUAAAACUAGCGAUUAAGCAAGACCCAUUUUCAUACCCUGUUUUCAUCCUUCAAAAAUACCCACUUUCCCAUCGUUAGGCAUAUACUUCCUUUUUAACCACGAAUUUCAUUGAUGGAAUUUAGUUAAGUCGAGGUUUUGGGUUCAGAUCUGAACAAAGAGAACAACUAGGCGCUUUGGACGGUUUGAGUCGAGGUCCUGUUUGAGGGUAUUGGUGAGGCCUCCGCUACAAGCUCCAACCACGAUUACGAUUCGGUUCCUUGUUUCAAUUUUCAAUUUUUAUCUUUCAACAGAAGGUGGUUGGUUUGUGGUUUUAAAACUGGCGACUCAUCCUUACAACACAAGGUCGAAAACCAAAAAGGCAAUGGCGACCAAUGAGGACACUGGAUUGGUUGACGCUAGAGCUCAAACACCGUUGGUUGACCAAAACUCGAGGUUAGCCGAAGAAGUGAGAAUGUUAAAACAACAUAUGACAAGCAUGUAUCGGGCUUGGAUGACUGGUCAGGCACCACCUCCACCGCCACCUGGCUUCCUCGACAUUUCCCCUAAUAUGUCGACCUCAACCCGAGCUCCACUCACUGUGCCUGGUGAUCCCUCUAACAGUUGGCCCAUGUUCAAAACCCCUGAUGCUCAACCCUAUACUCCAGAACCGACUUUAAAUGUCUCUAACCCAUAUGGUUGUAACCCUCACCUUGAGCCUCCCGUUAACAGUGAAAAACUUGAUAAAACCGUGGAUGAUGAGGAAAUGACUAGAAAGAUGAAAAGCUUGGAGCAAUCCAUAAGAUACUUGCAAGGUCAGGAAGGUCACAAGAGUGUUUCAUACAAAGACUUGUGCAUGAUUCCUAAUGUUCACUUACCCUCUGGUUUUAAGACUCCAAAGUUUGACAAGUAUGAUGGGCAUGGUAAUCCUGUGGCCCAUUUGAAGAGGUAUUGCAAUCAGUUGAGAGGAGCUGCAGGUAAAGACGAAAUGCUUAUGGCCUGCUUUAGUGAUAGCUUAACAGGAAUAGCCUCGGAUUGGUUCGCUGAUCAGGACGUCACUAAGUGGCAUAUUUGGGAUGACAUGGCUCAAGAGUUUGUGCGACAAUUUCAGUAUAAUAUAGAUAUUGCUCCAGAUAAAGUGUCCAUGACCAAGGUGCAGAAGAAAUCUACAGAAAGUUUCAGGGAAUUCGCCAUUAGGUGGAGAGAGCAAGCUGCUAGAGUAAAGCCUCCAAUGGUAGAAGGUGAGGUUGUAGAUACUUUUCUCCAAGCCCAAACUGAAGAAUACUAUCAACACAUGCUCCCGGCACUGGGCAAACCGUUUAUUGAGGUCAUUAAGAUGGGGGAAAUGAUAGAAGAUGGAAUCAAAACAGGACGUAUCAUGAGUUUUACUGACAUGAAAGUAAAUGCUGAAGUAACUCAAAAUGGUUCCGGAAGCCUGAGCGACAUGAGGGAAAAUGAUGAUGUAGCCAUGAUUAUACCAAAACUACGACGAGGUUUGAAGGGUCCAUCUUGCUCAUAUACCCAGCCACAACCUCAAGUCUAUUCCCAAACUCCAUACGCUCAACCUCAACAUUACUUUCCUUCAGAAGACCCUCAAUAUUCCAUGUCACCUCUCCAGUACUUUGCCUGUGCUGCACAGCCAUAUGUUCAGCCAUAUCCUUACCAACAAUGGUGUGCACCAGCUCCACAGGGUUCUUACCCCCCACAAGCAUAUCGACCUCGUACCAGCUCCAUCUUUCGACCUAGGCCGGAAUACAAGAAAGAAAGGCAACAGAGAAGAGAGGCCUCUGGAAAACUUCCCGGGCUAUCAGUCCCAGUUCCAGAAGUUGAUAAGGAUGAAUUGGUUAAAGGGACCCAGAACUUGUUUGCUGAGCAUAAUUUGAUUGAAAAUGAUAAUGGUCCAAGUAAUGCUUAUGUGCAACUUAGUGGCUAAGAUGACAGCUUUGCAGUUGGGAAGUUUCUAUUCUCCCCUCUAGGAAAGAGUCUUGGUAGUUUGUUUUGAUGUUCUUUCUGUUAUCCGGGUUAUUCUAAGGUUGUAAUCUAGAAAUCUUUUGCUUGUUUUAAUGUCCACAACCCUUCUAUCAUUUUGUUUAAUAAUAAAAAAAAAAUGAGUUUUUGUUUUGUCAUUUCCUAGUAUAUUUUCUUUAAUUUUUCUUUUGUAUAGUUCUUUUUAGGCUGGUUCUAUUGACAUGACAUGCAUGCGGAUAUUUUUAGCCAGAUCUUGAAGGCCAGUUUAAUUACACGAGAAAUGCACCCAAAGGGUUGAAAAUGGUAAAGAAAAACAUGGGAGGAAAUAUUAGAGUGCUGAAACAUUUUGAGAGUAAGCUGAAGUCUGGCUUGAAUGAAACUAAUACGAUCACUUUGGGAAUCAUGAGAAUGGCACUAGUGUAUAACAAAUGUUGAUCCCAAGUGAUUUGAAGUGGGCCAAUAUCAAGAGAGGUCAAAAAAGAAAGUUCGCUCCAAUUAACUUGAGUCAUCCAUUAUAAAGAGAUACCAUAUAAUUUUCACUUCUCAUUCUCGAAUGGCAUGCUUUGUACUUGAUAUUUUAAAUGAUUGGUAUGACGAAGGCAUUUCAUUCUGCUAUCUGAACAUUGUGUCACCCUUUGCUAGCCCUUUUGAACCUUAGUUUUAUUUUCUUUCAUAUCCCUCUUUUGGAAUCAAAGUACAGUACAAAAAAAAAGUCGGAAGAGAAAAAGUGAAAAGGUAAGUAGAAAGUCAAAAUGAAGAGAAAAGAGUUGAAAGAAAAAACAAAAAAAACAAAAAAGCAAAAAAAAAAAAAAAAAACACACACACACACAAAAAGAAAAACAAAAAAAAAAACGAAGAGAAACACACAAGAAAUGAGCUUACGGAACUACGUCUGACCUGAUUCUUGUCUCGACAGGAUACGUAGGCAACCCUAUUCUGGGGUUCGGUCCAACCCAAAUAAGAUUCGAAAUUUCCCAUUUCAAAGAAACUGGGACAGAAGUUAUUUUUCCUUUUGAAUCGAUUCCAAAAGUUGUAAGUCUCACCCCUAUUAUUUUGUGUUGUCUUCGAGCCUCCACGCCAUCCUUUCUUUUCAACCCUAUCCAAAGCCAUGUUACAACCAAAGAAAAGACCUUCAGAUCAAUCAUUGAGAAUGUCAAGGCUGAGCACGCUAUGAGUACAAAAUAUUUGCUAACGAGUGUCACCUGUCUGCGUAAGCAUAAGGGAAGUGGAAGAAGAGAAUGAAAAUAAGAGAGUCUUACUAGUGAAAGCCUUCACAUGCACCAUAAGGCAAUGAAGAUCUGAGAGAAAUGAAAAUGAGAGUCUCUCACUGGUGAAAACCUUCACAGGCACCACAAGUCGACGGUGAGAAGAGAAUGAAAAUAAGAGAGUCUUACUGGUGAAAGCCUUCACAGGCACCAUAAGGCAAUAAAGAUCUGAGAGAAAUGAAAAUGAGAGUCUCUCACUGGUAAAAACCUUCACAGGCACCAUAAGUCGACGGGGAGUUUGAGAGAAUGAAAAUGAGAGAGUCUUACCGGUGAAAACCUUCACAGGCACCGUAAGGCGACGGUGAGUUGAGGGAAUGAAAAUGAGAGAGUGUUAUUGGUAAAAACCCUCAUGGGCACCGUAAGGCGAUGAUAAGAUGAGAGACAAAUAAAAGAGAGAGGUUUAGUGAUGAAAACACUUCGGAGCGCCACUAGCCGAAUGAGAGUCUUGAGCCUGUUGAAUAGGUUGGGAUAUAAAGCCUUGAUUUCAAAACAAGUUGUGAGAGCACAACAGGAGUUAAAGAAUAGAUUGGUUGAACAGAUUAGGUCGCUCAAUCCAAAAUGCAUGUCAUGACCAUUGGAGCCAGCGACCACACUCAGAUAAGUGCCUUCUUUCCUUUUCUCCUAAUAAGGGACAUUUCCACUUCUACAUCUUUUUACUUCUUUUGUUUUGUUUCGUUGAGUCGUCCAUGUAGAACAGGUGGAGAAAGGAUUUCAAAAUUUGCUACCAGCUUUUCCAAUUGCGAAGCAAAACAUCUGGCUAGCACAUGAAGGUAGCAUGAUUUAAAGUGGGUAGAGUACCCAAUGAGUUAUCAUUCAUUGAUAGAUUAUGGAUUCAUGAAAAUAUAUGGGAUCAGUAGAGUUUGAAUUAAUAGGCGCUAUGAAACAGAGAUAUUGGUAUUGGUUUUGAUUUAAAGUCACUGAAAGUCACUCCGGUAGCCAGAAUUUGGGUCAGUGAUCCAACGAGCCGACAGCGAGCACAGACUAUUUGAAAUCACAGCUAAGUAGAACAAGUGCAUGAGCAAGCACCUUCAGAACCAAGGCCACAAACCAACCACCACAUUUUAAAACUCACAAUUUUUCUUUGUUUGAAACAGGAAUGAAUAUUAUCCUCAAAUCAAAGGGUCAAAGCUUCAAAAGGUACAAUGUCUUAUUUUUGCCGAUGCAAAAGGCAAUGUCACAACAUAUGUUUGCAAGCAACAAAAUUGAUCGACUUUCUAAUUAUGAAUACUGUCACCCCUAGGAGAUGCACUUCCUAGUCCGGGUUGUAGGAGACACACUUCCUAACCCGAAGCUCUACUCCUAGGAAACGCACUUCCUAGACGAGUAUUUCAGUUUAACCCCUAAGAGACGCACUUCUUAGUCAGGGUCUUUCAGGUUUUGCUUUUAGGAGACGCAUUUCCUAAUAUGAACCUUCACUCCUAGGAGACGCACUUCCUAGUCGAGUCUUUCAGUUUAACCCCUAAGAGACGCACUUUUUAGUCAGGGUCUUUUAGGUUUUGCUUUUAGGAGACGCAUUUCCUAAUAUGAACCUUCACUCCUAGGAGACGUACUUCCUAGUCGAGUCUUUCAGUUUAACCCCUAAGAGACGCACUUCUUAGUCUGGGUCUUCCUGGUUUUUGACGUUUAGGAGACGCACUUCCUAAUAUGAACCUUCACUCCUAGGAGAUGCACUUCCUAGUCGAGUCUUUCAGUUUAACCCCUAAGAGACGCACUUCUUAGUCUGGGUCUUCCUGGUUUUUGACGUUUAGGAGACGCACUUCCUAAUGCAAACCUUCACUCUUAGGAGACGCACUUCCUAGUCGAGUCUUUCAGUUUAACCCCUAAGAGACGCACUUCUUAAUCAGGGUCUUUUAGUUUUUACAUUUAGGAGACGCACUUCCUAGUUAGAGAUUUUAACCCCUAAGAGACACACUUCUUAGUUUGGGUCUUUCAGGUUUUUCUUUUAGGAGACGCACUUCCUAAAUUGAACCAUUACUCCUAGGAGACGCACUUCCUAGUUAGAAUUUUCAGUUUUACCUCUAGGAGACGCACUUCCUAGUUAGAGCGUUUGAUUUUACUUACAUCAUUGAAUUAUCAUACAAAGAGUUUAUGAUUUUGCUAACACUCACAAAAAUCUUCCUAGUGCAAACUGGGGCAGAAAAUUUUGUUCGUGUUGUUUGUCUUUGAUGAUUUGCAGGACCCACCUGAAGAAUGGGAACAAGUCAGGACCCGCCUGAAGAAUGGGGCCACCUUUCAAUUUCAAGUUCAGGAACCCGCCUGGAUAAUAGGGACAUCUUUCAAUUUCAAGUUCAGGAGCCCGCCUGAAGAAUAGGGUGUACUUUUAGGUAGAAGUAGCAGGAGCCCGCCUGAAUAAUAGGGUCAACAUUCAACUUCUUUUCAAUUUUAAGAUCAGGACCCGCCUGAAGAAUGGGAGGAAAGUCAGGACCCGCCUGAAGAAUGGGAGGAAAGUCAGGGCCCGCCUGAAGAAUGGGAGGAAAGUCAGGACCCGCCUGAAGAAUGGGAAGCAAGUCAGGACCCGCCUGAAGAAUGGGAGGCAAGUCAGGACCCGCCUGAAGAAUGGGACGCAAGUCAAGACCCGCCUGAAGAAUGGGACGCAAGUCAGGACCCGCCUGAAGAAUGGGAGGCAAGUCAGGACCCGCCUGAAGAAUGGGACGAAAGUCAGGACUCGCUGAAGAAUGGGACGAAAGUUAGGACCCGCCUGAAGAAUGGGACGAAAGUCAGGACCCGCCUGAAGAAUGGGAAGCAAGUCAGCCUGAAGAAUGGGAACCAAGUCAGCACCCGCCUGAAGAAUGGGAACAAGUUAGGACCCGCCUGAAGAAUGGGAACAAGUCAGGACCCGCCUGAAGAAUGGGAAGCAAGUCAGGACCCGCCUGAAGAAUGGGAAGCAAGUCAGGACCCGCCUGAAGAAUGGGAAGCAAGUCAGGACCCGCCUGAAGAAUGGGAAGAAGUCAGGACCCGCCUGAAGAAUGGGAAGAAGUCAGGACCCGCCUGAAGAAUGGGAUGAUCAGGACUCCGCCUGGAGAAUAGGGCCACCUUUCAAUUUCAAGUUCAGGAACCCGCCUGGAUAAUAGGGACAUCUUUCAAUUUCAAGUUCAGAAGCCCACCUGAAGAAUAGGGUGUACUUUCAGUUAGAAGUAGCAGGAGCCCGCCUGAAUAAUAGGGUCAACAUUCAACUGCUUUUCAAUUUCAAGCUCAGGAGCCCGCCUAAAAAAUGGGGUGUACUUUGAGUUGGUUUUUUAAGUUCAGUCAGAAGUAGCAGGAGCCCCGCCUGGAGAAUAGGGAUGACUUUAAAUUUUAAAGUUUAGAAACAAGCACGAAGAUUCAAGUCAAGAUUCAAGAGAAGCUGCAUAGAUAGGGUCUUGUACUUGUAUUUUCUUUGUAACUUUUAUUUUUCAUUUUGAUGUAAUAACAGGAGCCGCGGACCGGAACCUCGAUAGGACCUCAAUCGACUCCCCCAACUCAGUAUGUUCAUCACCCAUCUUACCUCUUGAACUACACGAGACCUGAUUCCCUUAUAACCCGGGAUAUGUAGGACGCCCAAGGCCAGGGCUCGGUCACAUUUUGUUCCAUUCCUCUCCCUUCCUUCAAAUAAUGGUCGGGUCCAAAUUUGUCUCGUUGUCUACGUCUUUGUCUGAGAACGCUUCGCGUCCCCAACCAAAGAGGGACAUGCUGUAGACACGUAAUUUUGACCCUCCCCGUGUGUUUCAUCUUAUAGUUUUAAAUACUUCUUUUAAUUUUAAUUUUGACGUGUUAGUUUUAUUCUAUUUCAUUUUUAGUAGGUUUGUUUGUGAAAAUGAAAACAAAGGGACAAAAAAUAUUCGCUAUUUUCAGAGUAUAAAUUUUGUGUUUUAAAGAAAGAAAAAAUUACAAAAAUAUGCUUUAUAGCUUUUAAUUUUGCUUAGCCAGUUAUUAAUUUUAAGAGUAUUUUUUUUUAGUUAUCUAGAAACAGUUAUUAAAUAUUUUUUUUGUUUUUUUACACUUUUAAAAUAAAAUAUAAAAAAUGGACAAAUGGGAUUACACCACCUCAUCACAUAAUGACAAAGCUCCAUAACAAAUCUUAUCACAAAAAUGGGAAAAAGGGGGUCACGUUUUUUGUGGAAACAUUUUUCAUAAAAAGGGGAUAACAAAAAGGGGUCCCACUCAUUUAGGGUCUGUUUUUGUGCACAAAGGAACACGUGAAUUGGGGGAUUAUUGUUAGGGGUGGGGACCACGAAGAGAGAGAAGUUUCCUCCUUCUUCAAUUUUCUAAGACUUGAAAAUCUCAGCAGUAGCCGUGAUUCUUGCGGUUCAAAAAGAGGACCACCAUUUUCUUUCUCCAUCCUAAAACCUGCACAUAACCCAUACACAUAUAGAAUAGUAGAGAGAAAAAAAAAAUCAUCAUCAUCUUUAUCACAAUACACAUGCAGACAUAGAGAAAAAAACACUAUAGAUAAGAUAGAAAAUAGACGCAAGAAAAACAUAUACACAGUAGAUAGAGAGACUGGAAAACGGACAGAUCCCGACCAAAAACAAUAUCAUUUUCUUCAUUUGUUUUUCUUCACUAGCUCACCAUUAAACUACCACAAACCACCACCCAUUCACCACCGUCACCUCCACCUUUCAUCUCAUCUUCUCCACCGUAAACACCCGCCUGAAACCGCCAAUAAACCACAGUCUAAACACUACCCUUAGCACACUUAAAACUAGCGAUUAAGCAAGACCCAUUUUCAUACCCUGUUUUCAUCCUUCAAAAAUACCCACUUUCCCAUCGUUAGGCAUAUACUUCCUUUUUAACCACGAAUUUCAUUGAUGGAAUUUAGUUAAGUCGAGGUUUUGGGUUCAGAUCUGAACAAAGAGAACAACUAGGCGCUUUGGACGGUUUGAGUCGAGGUCCUGUUUGAGGGUAUUGGUGAGGCCUCCGCUACAAGCUCCAACCACGAUUACGAUUCGGUUCCUUGUUUCAAUUUUCAAUUUUUAUCUUUCAACAGGUAAGUUCCAUGAACUGCCUCCGUUUAGUCUCCGAUUCAAUGACAUUUUAUUAACGUUAAAGGAAUUUAUGCUUUAAGGAUAUGUCUCUGAUA